GAUCACGGCUUAAGUUUAUCUCUUUUUUUUUGAGUCUGAGUGAUUAUGAUGCUGAACACAGUGAUCUUUGGCUGGUUUUUGGUGAAUGUCUUGGUGAUGGCUUCUCAUCCAAACCUGAGACGCAGAGAAAACUCGUUCAUUCUAUCAUCUGACACAGACUCACUGCCUGAAAUGGAGCACCUUGAAAUAAACUCAGCAGAAGAAAAGAUACUAGAAGACCUUGAAGCAUAUGAUGAGGAUCUGGGCAAAGCUGUCCAUCUGCAAAGAAGAGGCACACGCUCCCCGAGCCGCUGUAUCCCUCAUCAACAGUCCUGUCUGGGUCAUCAUCUGCCCUGCUGCAACCCCUGCGACACCUGCUACUGCCGCUUCUUUAAGGCCUUCUGUUACUGCCGCAGCAUGGACAACACCUGCAAAAACGAAUAUGCAUAGAGACAAGUUCUGCCUUCAAAUAGCAAAUGGUAGCAUUAUAUUUAAAACGUAUAAAGCUACUGAAUGUAUUUGUGGACAGUCCAAUCAUACAGACUCACACUAUCCACAGAGAAGUUUGUGUAAUAAUAGAGAAGCACAAAGCAUAGAGUGCACCAUUUGCUGCGGUUUUAA